AUUUUCAAGGGAAAGUUUAUCCCACUUACGAGAAUUUCGAUUCCUUCUAUCUUCUCCUGCCCGAUUGAUGGAUUUUCACUUUCGUCUCUCUCUCUCUAGAUGACCCCCGAGAAGAAGAGAGAGAAAGUGUGAAGAUCAAAAAGGAAGGAGAGUGCUGUCCUGUGGGAUCCUCAGGAAGGACGAAAGAGAGGUGAGCUUCCGAGGUGAAGAAUCGGUCGUCGUCUUCUUCUUCUUCCUCUUCUGCCAUCAUUCUUUGACUUCGGAACAUUGAAGAAACACAGGAGCUUCGGUCUCUUCUUCCUUUUCUUCUGUCAACAGAGCAUUCAUUGAUUCAGUCACUCUCUUCUUUCCCCCGUAAUAAUCUCACGGGCUGUCCCCUCCCCAGCCCAAAAUUCCAAAAGAUCUCCCGCCAAAGUCAAUCCCCUUUGUCUUCUUCUUCUUCCCUGCAAAAUUUCCAUCAGGGUCUUAUUCAUCCGAGGCCCCCCGACAGUUUGAACACAGGAAGGGCCGCGCCUUUAUCGGAUCGGGUCAGUCUCGGAGUUGUUCGUCGUUGGGGGAGUUCGUCCGAGUCUCCGAUUCUAUAAAAGGUCUCACCUUUGGGCCUGUCUGAUCAAAUCCCAGAUUCUGUUCUGUCCCCAUUGCUCUGUUCUUCCCGUCAGGAUUGAUUGGAUUCGUCCAUCUCUUUGUCGGCAAGAAUAGGGGAUGACAGUUGAUUGGAUUUGGAUUCCUCAAUUACUUUGAUCUCUGUGCUUUCUUCCUUCUUUUUUUUUUUUAAAUUUUUUUUAAUAAAUGCACGAAUUUAUGUCUAAAAUAUCCCAAAAAAACCAACCCCGUAUAGGUCGGUCGGAAUGUCUGCCACGUUCGUCCAUUUCUUUAUCCAUAGAGCCUAUGUUCAUUCACUGAAUAGUUCGUGUCAAUUGUAACAUCCUUUGCUGUUGUUGCUAAUUGAAGUGAUCUUCUGUUGUAAGUUUGUAACCUCCUGUCCUGCUUUGUUCUAUAAUUGUUGGGGGUUGUGUUCUGGAUCGAGCUGGUUGAUCGAUGGGCUGUGCUAACUCAAAGCAGAAGCGGCGGUGCCGGCACUGCCAGGCCCCCUACUCGCCCGUCCACCGGAGCUACUCGAUGAACAUUGAGCCCCACCGCCACCGCACCAAGGACCCCGAGAGCCACCACAUCGUGGCCCUCAAGUCGAGUACGCUAGGCUCCCUAAAGCUCGACGAUCCUUACAGGGAGGAUGUUGUUCGUUUCGGGGAGUUGAUUAGUACGAAUGGUGGCAUCGGAGGUGAUAAGAAGGUUUGCAAUGAGAAUGUUGCCGAGAAGGAGAGCUUCAGGAUUGGGCUGAUUGAAGCCAAGACUUGGUCCCACAUGAUGGAAGAGAAAAUCCCGAAACCGGCCCCAAAGACCCCGAUCGGAACUCCUCCUGGGGAGCCCGAGACGAUCAACACUUGGGAGCUAAUGGAAGGGCUUGAAGAUGUCACUCCAUCUAGGUCACCUAUCAAUCACUCAAGGAGCUUCUCCUUCGAUGUCGUGAGGAGCCCCGGUCAGGAUCAUACUGCUCCCUUGGACAGGCCGAAAUCAAGGUUCCAAGAAAGCACGACGGCUGAGGUGGAUCCUCCGAAACAUCAGCCUAUAUGGCUUCAGAUGAGCCAAGAUGACGGCUUGAAUGCUAAUGGGUUCGUGUCGGAAAUCGAUCCCGAUAUACUCUUAAAUUUCAGGAAGUCAUUUGAGGAGCUCUCUCCCAGUCACCCCUUCCAUAUCCGCCCAUUGAGCAGUCAAGAGAAGCCGACAGAAACCAAGUCCGAGCAACCAUACCAUAAGGAGAGGGUGAUAGUCUAUUUCACGAGCCUCCGAGGGGUUAGAAAGACGUACGAGGACUGUUGCCACGUCCGCAUAAUCCUAAAGGCCACCGGGGUCCGGAUCGAUGAGAGGGACGUCUCGAUGCAUUCAGGGUUCAAGGACGAGCUCAAGGAGCUAUUAGGCGAGGCGUUGAAGCAGGGGAGCGGGUAUGGGUUGCCCAGGGUUUUCGUGGGCAAGAAUUGCAUCGGAGGAGCCGAAGAGAUCCGGAGAAUGCACGAGGAAGGCAAGCUCGAGAAGUUUCUCGAGGGUUGCGAGCGCGCGGAUAACAAUAGCGGGGAUGGUAACACCUAUGCUUGCGAGGCUUGCGGGAACAUUAGGUUCGUUCCGUGCGAGACGUGUUCGGGGAGUUGCAAAAUAUUCUGCGGUGAUGAUUUCGAAGACGAAGAACCACAGCAGCAAUACGAAACCGAAGAAGGCGAGUACGGGUUUCAGCGAUGUCCCGACUGCAAUGAGAACGGGCUGAUCCGGUGCCCCAUAUGCUGUGAUUGAUCCUUAUUAUGGCAUUGCAAAUUUUGGGUUUUUUGUUCUUUCUGUUCAUUAAGAGUUUGUGUACAGAGAUUAGAUUUGAUCUUAAUUUUGAUUUUGGUUUUCUUUUUCUAAUUUUGCAAAAAAGAAAAAAAAAGAAAAAAAGAAGGGAUGAUUCAGAUGGGAAGGCUGUUCUUGAAGAUCAUCCUAAUAAUGAGUGUUGGGAAGCUUUUGCCUUUAGCUUUUGUGAGGCACAACUGUAUGCUCUGAUUAAUUAUAUACAUCUUGGGAAAAAAUUGAUGAUUACA